UACGCCGUGAUCGCUACACUGAGAAGACCAUGUUCUCUGUUUUCUUCAAUGCCAGAGGCGUAAUAAGCGUGACGCGUGUACCCGAAGGAAGGACAGUGACGGCCCAAUUCUACGUUCGAAAAUGUUUGCGCAAGACCCUGGCUAAGCUGCGUAAAGAUGUCGGAAAGAAGAAAAUGCGCCACCAGCUCCUGCAUCACGAUAAUGCGAGGCCUCACACCGCAUCACUGACUAAAAUUUUUUUGAAAUCACGGAAGGUUAAACUCUUUCCGCACCCCCCCUACAGUCCUGACCUCAGUCCGUGCGAUUUUUAUCUGUUCUGGAAAAUGAAGGAUUUGCUCAGAGGAAAGCACUAUAAAAGUGCAACGGAAGCUGAAGCUGCCGUGAGAGGCGCUCUGCGAAGACUUUCAAUUAACGGUUUUUCUGCUGUUUUCGAUGAUUGGUUAAGCCGGUGUGAAAAGUGUAUUAAAUAUAAGGGUGAUUACUUUGAAUAA